AUGAAUAAUUCAACUAAAGCAAAAAUCUCUGAUAAAAGAGAGAAGCCAUAUCACUGUGAUAUCUGUGCUAAAAUUUUAUUUAACCCUUCACCAAAACGUAUUCAUACAGGAGAGAAGCCAUAUCAUUGCGAUAUCUGUGGUAAAUCAUUCUCUCACAGUAGUCACUUGCCUAAACAUAAACGUAUUCAUACUGGGGAAAAACCAUAUCAUUGUGAUAUCUGUGGUGAGUCAUUCUCUGAAAUUGGCACUUUAACCGGACACCUACGUAUUCAUACAGGAGAGAAGCCAUACCAUUGUGAUAUCUGUGGUAAAUCAUUUUCCCAUAAUUCUACUUUAAACAAGCACAAACGUAUCCAUACAGGUGAGAAGCCAUAUCAUUGCGAUAUCUGUGGUCAAUCAUUCUCUGAAAAUAGCACUUUAACUAGACACCUACGUAUUCAUACAGGAGAGAAGCCAUAUCAUUGUAAUAUCUGUGGUAAAUCAUUCUCUUGCAGUAGUGACGUACCUAAACACAAA